AUGUUUGAACGUGGUAAAGGCGGCAAAGUAAAGGGAAAAACAAAAUCCCGAUCAGAUCAUUCUGGUAUACAGUUUCCGAUUGUUGAUAUUCAUCGUUUAUUGAGGAAAGUAAAUUAUGCUGAAGGAGAUCGUGUAUACUUGGGAGCUGUCAUGGAAUGUCUAGAUGCUGAAGUUUUUAAAUUGGCGGGAAAACUCAGCGAGAGAUAA